CAUAAUUGUCGAUUCUGACGAUAGUCUUGAUUCAAAUCUUGAUAUUAAUGAUGUAUCUCAAGAAGCAUUUUCACUUAACAACAAUUUAGUACCAUCAAUUGAAGUUGGAAAAACUUUUACUAAGAAAAGCCUAGGCAUCAUUAUUAGAGCAGACAUUGUUUGUCAUCAUGCUGGUAUUGCAAAAAAAACAAGUACUGGAUUGAGAACUACAAAGAGCAUUGUAAUUGGUUGUUCAUUUAAAAUAGUAGUUCAUUGGAUUAAUAAUGAAUAUCAUGUGAGAUCUGCUAAUCUUGAACAUAACCAUCCUAUGGAUACUGCAGUAACUUUGUUUGAUCCUGGACAUCACAAAUUAAGUUAUAAUAAAAAGGAUCAAGUAAAUAUACUAUUUAACAGUGGUAUACCAGUUCCAACAAUUAUUAGGAUGUUAAGUGAACAGUAUGGUAGAUAUAUUCACAACAAGGAUAUUUACAAUUCUUUAAAUUUCCAUUCACGUGACCGUAUUAAGGGCUUGUCACAAAUAUCUGAACUUUUAACCUAUUUACAUAACAAUAGUGAAUAUAAAAUCACUUAUUUAGUUAAUGAUAAUAAGCUUCACUGCUUAUUUUUUGCUACUCAAUCUGCGUUUACAAUAUUUAAAUGUUAUCCAGAGAUCGUAUUGAUAGACACUACUUAUAAAACUAUCAUUUCGGAAUGCCACUUUUACUUAUUAGUGGGAGAUCUUGCUGUACUUUCUGCAAUUAGAACUGAACUUCCACAUGUUAAGCAUCAACUUUGUACCUGGCACAUAGAACAAAACAUUGUUAAGAAUUUAACUAGCAAGCUUAGUAAUAAAUUUUUAGCAUUCAGUAAGGAUUUUAAAUUAGUUAUAACAGAAACUAAGUCUAUUUCUCAUAUGUGGGUAUACUGUUAUACUAAUAAAAAUGUUAACUAUGGUAUUAGAACGACACAACACUCAGAAGCUAGUAACGCUCAUUUAAAACAUCAGCUUGGUCAUAUACAAUAUCAUUUACGUGGAAGCACCCAUCAACAAUGCCCAGAAUUAUUAAAAAAUAUUUCAAUGGUUAUAUCAGAUUUUGUAUAUUCCUUGUUACUUGCUCAAUAUAAUAGUGCUACGCUUUAUAGUGUUGAGGAACAGGUCAUUGGUUUAUUUAAAGUUUUUAAUGAAAAUCGUGAUCAUAUAGUAUAUCAUACUGAGAUAGAAUUAAUUAUCUCAGCAACAGACACAAAUAAUGUAAUACAAUCUGAAGAGCCAUAUGAUAUUAAUAAUAAUAAAAACUCUUCAACUACUGUAUUGUCUUCUUCAAACUAUGAUGCUUGUGAAAUUCAAAUUAGCAAACAAUCAACAUUUAAAAGUACAGCUAAUUUAAUUAAGGAAAUUAAAGCGAUUGCCAAUAGGGAUGGUCAUAUUGAAAUUAACAAUUGUCUCUCUCUUUUCAUUGAGAAGUUGAAUAACCAAUAUCCUUUACAACAAGCCGAUAUUGGUGAUUCUACAAAUAUUAAGACAAAAGGAAGACCAAGUAAUACAAAACGUAAAAAAACUG